CCACUGAGGAUGCAAUGAUCUGUGAAAAAUCUGUUGAAGUGUCCCACCCUCAAUCCAAAUAUGGCCUCAGUGGCGUCCAGCUCAGGACCGACUCCUCUAGACUCCCAGGUUCAUGCUGCAGCCGUCAACGGAGACAGGAGCACCCUCGUCAAACUCAUCGCAGCAGAGCCCUCGCUGAAGGACCAUGAAGACCAGUUUAAGCGCACCCCUUUAAUGUACUGUGUUCUGGCUGACCGCCUGUGCUGUGCUAAGGUUCUGCUGAAGGCCGGAGCCUCAGUCAACAAAACGGACCAAAGCCAGAGAACCGCUCUGCACCUAGCUGCUCAGAAGGGGAACGUGCGUUUCCUCAAGUUGCUCCUCUCCAGGCGUGCCAACUGCCUGCAGAAAGACCAGGAGGGGAUGACCCCGCUCCACCUGGCCACCCGACACCCGUCGCCCAAAGCCCUCGCUCUGCUGCUGAAACACAUCGGACCCGGAGAGGUCGACACGCAAGACAAGAAUAAGCAAACUGCACUUCACUGGUCAGCAUUUUUUAACCGACCGGAGCACGUCCGCCUUCUGAUCAAGCAUGACUCCAACAUCGGCAUCCCAGACAGCGAGGGCAAAAUUCCUCUGCACUGGGCUGCACACAGUCAGGAGGCGAGUGCCACGCAGACUGUCCGCUGCAUACUGGAAGCAGCACCCACUGAGUCCCUGUUGAACUGGCAGGACUAUGAGGGUCGGACACCCCUGCACUUUGCUGUUGCCGAUGGUAACGAGGCAGUAGUGAAGGUGCUAACGUCUUAUAAGGGCUGUAAUGUGACGGCUUAUGAUAACCUCUUCAGAACGCCGCUGCACUGGGCAGCUCUGCUGGGCCAUGCCCAAAUUGUCCACCUGCUGCUGGAGAGAAACACGUCAGGCACAAUUCCUUCAGACAGCCAAGGAGCGACACCACUGCACUACGGAGCUCAGAGAAACAACGCUGAAACUGUUGGUGUGUUUCUGUCACAUCCAUCUGUGAAAGAUGAACCCGAUCUGGAGGGGCGAACAGCCUUCAUGUGGGCCGCCGGGAAGGGCAGCGAUGAUGUCAUCCGCACCAUGCUCGCCCUCGCCCCUCACAUCGACAUCAACAUGGCCGACAAGUACGGCGGCACCGCGCUCCAUGCGGCCUCCCUGUCAGGCCAUGUGAGCACAGUGAAGCUGCUGCUGGAGAAAGAAGCAGUAGUUGACUCUCUAGACCUCAUGAAGCACACGCCGCUGUUUCGCGCCUGUGAGAAGGGAUACAAAGAUGUCAUCCUUACACUCAUCAAAGGUGCUGCACGUGUGGACCUCGUAGAUGUGGACGGUCACACUGCUUUGCACUGGGCCGCUCUGGGAGGGAGUGCUGAGGUGUGCCAGAUUCUGAUGGAGAAUGGGAUCAGUCCCAACGUACAGGAUCAUGCAGGAAGGACUCCACUGCAGUGUGCUGCGUACGCCGGUUACAUCACAUGCAUGGCAGUCCUCAUAGAGAACAAUGCUGACCCAAACAUACAAGACAAGGAGGGGCGGACUGCUCUCCACUGGUCGUGUAACAACGGGUACCUGGAUGCUGUGAAACUGCUACUGGGCUACAGUGCCUUUCCUAACCAGAUGGAGCACACAGAGGAGAGGUACACCCCUCUGGAUUACGCCUUGCUGGGGGGCCACAGUGAGGUGACCCAGUUCAUGCUGGAGCACGGGGCUCUGUCAAUAGCAGCCAUCCAGGACAUCGCUGCUGCGUCCAUCCAGGCCGUCUAUAAGGGCUACACGGUCCGCAAGGCCUUCAAGGAGAGAAAGCAGCUGCUUAUGAGACAUGAGCAACUGCGCAAAGAUGCAGCAGCCAAAAAACGUGAAGAAGAACAGCGACGAAGAGAAGCCGUGCAUCGAGUUUCAGUGAACGCUGCAGACAAACAAAGGGUUUCAGUGGCGAGAGCAGAGCAGGAGAAGCUCGUCUUAAUGAACAUAAAUGAUUCAUUAGUGGAGACAAGGAAAUCAUCCAAAGAUGAACGCACAAAGACCAAAGAGGAGAGACAUAAAGCUCAAAAGAACAGGCCCAGAAGAAGUAGUGCAGCCGAACGAGCUGAGGCUCCUGAAGCUUUGAGCUGUGAUGCUGAAUCUUCCCAGACCACCAGGCUGAAGGAACUUUUGUCUCCUAGCAGCUGCAGGGAGCCACCCAGUCUAAAACCCACACCUCCCACCAGGCCCAAAGUCCGGGAACGAUCCUCUUCAAGCGCAUCAUCUCCUUCCACACCUGUCUCAACUGUGGACCAAAGUGAGGCGAGUGCCAGGGAAUGCAAAAAGAAAGACAGACGCUCGAGUGCUUCUGGCAAGAGUAAUGCACACGCUUCUCUACAAAAGCACCAGAACCACAAAGAGCAGACUUCAGAGAAGGCUUUUGUCAGAGCCCAAGCUGUCUCAUUAAGAAGCAAUUCAUCUUUUGAUCGCAAGCGGCCCUCAAGAGAAGCUCAGCCCAGAUCACUUGCACCCCUGUCAACAACCCGACGGGAGCAACAUGACAGAGAGCAGCUGAGGAGGAAUGAGGCUGCACGCAUCAUCCAGCGAGCGUGGCACAGGUUUUGUGCACGCAGAAGGAGAGAAGUGAAAGCCUGUAAGGAAGGAGAGUCGAGUGAAUUGAACUACAGGAAACAAAAAAUGGAAAGCAGACUUCAACUUGGCAAAUCAGCAUUGAGUAAAAGCUCUGUGCUGCAAAGCAUCUAUGGCAACUCUGUGGCGAGACGAGGGCGUUCAUUCCAGUCUCAUCUGGACAUCCCUUUCUGCACCCAGAGCCAGUUGAGCGGUUUAGAUUGUGUGCACCUGACUGACGCCUUGAACCAAGCCAAGCAGUUCUCCUACCACCUGAGGCCGCACAGUGCAGGACAGGGUACGAGAGGCCGCGGGAAACAUUGA